CCUUCAUUCACCUCGCAAUUGUUUCAUUGACGUUUUUCUUGUUUGUAAAUAAUAACUGCUGGAAAUAGUACGCAAUGUUAAAUUACGCGCAUUCCUCGAUCGGUUGCACAUUACGUAAACGUUAGACAUUGCGCGGUAAUUAUUUUAUCGCUUUGGAAAUUAUCAUAACCUAUCGGUCAGUGUUUUGCUUAGUUUCUUGAAGAAUGUUGGGAUUUGUGAUGUGAAAAAUGCCUCCAUUUAGAAGGAAGAAGGCGUCUAAAUCGUUCCCGGUUAAGGUGUGCACGUUGGAUGCCGAAUUGGAAUUCAACCUUGAGUGGCGAGCAACUGGUCGGGACCUGUUUGACCUGGUAUGUCGGACCAUAGGGCUGCGGGAGACGUGGUUCUUCGGUCUUCAGUUCGAGGACACCAAACAUUUUAUAAGUUGGCUCAAGUUGGAUAAAAGAGUACAAGAACAAUGCGUGUCCCAAAUGCCGGGUACCCCAUUCAUGCUGCUCUGCAAGCUGUACCCGGAGGAUGUAGCGGAGGAGCUGAUCCAGGAGGUGACGCAGCACCUGCUAUUCCUGCAGGUGAAGCAGGCGAUACUGAGCAUGGACAUCUACUGCCCGCCGGAGGCUUCGGUACUGCUGGCCAGCUACGCUGUGCAGGCUAAGUAUGGCGACUAUGACGAGAGUGCGUACAAACCAGGGAUGCUGGCGAGUGAGGACCUGCUCCCUCAGAGGGUCAUCGACCAGUACCAGAUGACCCCGGAGAUGUGGGAGGACCGCAUCAAGAUAUGGUACGCCGACCAUAAGGGAAUGUCUCGAGACGAAGCCGAAAUGGAAUAUUUGAAAAUAGCACAAGACUUGGACAUGUAUGGGGUGAAUUAUUUUGCAAUAAAUAACAAGAAAGACACGGACCUCUACCUUGGCGUUACGGCUCUAGGGCUCAAUAUCUACGAGAAGGACAACAAGUUGACCCCAAAGACCACAUUCCCGUGGUCGGAGAUCAAACACAUAUCCUUCGACGACAAGAAAUUUGUCAUCAAAUUCGUUGACAAAUCCGUCAAUAAUUUUAUUUUCUUCUCGCCCAAAGGAAUGAAUAAAUUGAUCUUGGACCUUUGUAUUGGAAACCACGACCUGUACAUGCGGCGGCGGAAACCUGACACCAUGGAGGUGCAGCAGAUGAAGGCGCAGGCCAAGGAGGAGAAACAGCGUCGCCAGAUCGAGCGCAACAAGCUGGCUCGUGAGAAGCAGCUGAGAGAGGCGGCGGAGCGCGAGCGGGCAGCCAUGGAGCAGAGGUUACUGCAGUACCAGGAGGAGAUACGACUUGCCAACGACGCCCUGAGGCGUUCAGAAGAGACGGCGGAACUUCUAGCAGAAAAGGGGAGAGUGGCAGAAGAGGAGGCAUCCCUACUAGCACAGAAGGCUUCAGAUGCCGAGCGGGAAAACGCGCGGCUGAGGCUCUCUGCUAUCAAGACUGAGGAGGAGAAGGUGCACCUAGAACGCAAGACCCGCGAGGCAGAAUUCCUAACAGCGCGGCUGGUUGAGGAGUCUGAGAAGCGAGCAGCGGAGGCCGAGAGACUCAAGGCGGAGCUGCUAGCUGCCAGGGUGGCUGAGAAGCAGGCCAAGGAGAAGCUGCUUAACUUCCUCAGUCGGAGCUCCACGGGGUCUUUGCCACCAGUCGGUAACGGGCAGCACUACCGGUGCGAGAGCCCGGAGUCUGAGUGGCGCAUCCCGGAGGAGGGCUGGUCCAGCAGUGGGCUCGUCAACGCGCACGACGAGGCCAAGGAGAAGCUACUCGACUUGUACAGUCGCACCAACAACGGAUCUCUACCACCGUCAAUACAAAACCUGCAGGCGUCUACUACGGGCAGUCUGUUCCCGUCGACAUGCUCGCUGCCCGCUGAGCUUGGUGGCGAGGGCCUCGCCAACGGGGCGCCGCCGCAGGCUGACAAUGAGCUCAACGCGUACCAGCUGGUGCCUGACUCAGACCCGCAUAUACACCGGCUGUCGCUGGAGAUUGAGAAGGAGAGAGUGGAAUACCUGGCGAAGUCCAAGCACCUGCAGCAGCAGCUGGACGAGCUCCGCUGCGAGUUCUCGGUGCUGCGCGUGGACCAGUCGGCCGCCACGCUGGACCGCCUGCACGAGGCGCAGGCGCGCGCCGGCGACAACAAGUACUCCACGCUGCGCCGCCUCAAGCAGGGCUCCACCAAGACACGGGUGGCUUUCUACGAGGAACUCUGAGGUACAUACCCCACGUCAUCACAAUUCCACAAGCUGUAAGUUUUUAGUGAAAACAUAACAUAAUGUUUACGGAUAAUAGGAUUACGAAAGCAGUAUAUAAAGCGAUGGUCGGUGGUACGGCUGGCAGAGGAAGACCUAGAAGGACGUGCACUGACCAAAUUGGAGAUGGUCUUAGAAAAGGUUCAAAAAUCUACUCUGAACCAGCGUGCGUGUGUGAAACGAUUGAUGAAUGUGGAGGAAGCAAGAGAAGUGUGUCAGGAUCGAAGCAAAUGGAAUUCCAUAGUCUCUGCUUAAAAUAAGCGUGAGUUUAUGUAUCUAUUUAUGUAGAAAUCAAUUAAAUCAUUUGAAAAAGGGUUAGUGAGGUAUACUUACACCUAUCAACAAAAUAUUUUAGUUGAUACUUAUUAAAAAAAUAUGUUUUUUGUGUUUUUUGUAUAAGUAUCAACUAAAACGACGAGUAUUUUGGUACUGAUUCCUGCAGGCACCUUAAUUUAUUUUAAGUUAUACUUGUUAUUUUCUUAUCCGCCUAAAAGGAGAGGCUAAUCGACAGGCUAAACAUUUAUGGAACAUUAGUCAAUUUUAAACAGAAAUGUUGAACAAUCCUUUCAAAAUUUUAACGUUGGCGUGUAGUCAAGAGAAUUAAGUUGACAGUACACGUCAUCCGGGUUGCAUACCAGCGAGUUGCCUAUUCGAUUCGCUCGGGUUAUGUUUCAUCCGUUAAAUUGAAAAAAAAAAGCUAUGUCACGAUGAGAAAAUGGCCCCGAUUCCUGCAGACACCUCCUAAUUUUACUUUAAGUUAUACCUGUAAUUUUUUUAUUCGCCGAAAACGAAAAGGACGGAUGAUUGACAGCUCUUAAUUUUAGGAAGAAUGAGUAAAUUAAUAAAUAACCCGGGCGAAUCAUAAAGGUAUCCGCUGGUAUACAAACCGUUUGACAUGUGCUGUCAACGUAUUUCUGUCGGGUUAUUAGCCAAUGCAAUUUUUUAUAUGGUUGUUUUAGAUUUGACGUGUGUUCCAUAAAUUUUAUGCUUGUCGAUUACCCGUCCUUUUCCUCUUCGGCGGAUAAGAAAAUGACAGAUAUAGCUUAAAAUAAAAUUAGAUGGUGUGUACAGGAAUUAGCACCAUGGACAGGUAUAACAAAUUAGGUAUCUAUUGGAAACAGUACGAUUGUGUUAGUGCAGUAUGCCUUGAGAUAUGACAUUUUAAAAAUUAUACCCGAUACUAGAGAAUUAUGUUCGAACAUCCGAGUUGUAAAAGAUGUAAUGUAUUCUCCUUAUGUAUGUUUGAAUGAACUGAUAUUUGUUCCUAGGUUAAAAAUUACGUGACAUAAGCAACUUGGUGCCUUAUUAAAUAAUAGUUUUAAAGCUUUAACAGCCAAGUUACGAAUGGCAAAAAUCAUAAAAUCAGUUCAGUGGUUUCGUAACAAGCAUAGAUCGAUGUGGAAAUAGUGAUUGGUGUUUUAUCGUAAUAGGUAAAUAUUUGUGUAACUAAAAUUGUUAUUAAAAAUGCGCUUAAAUAACAUAGAUUUUGAUCUCUAUUAGACGCAAACUAAAUUUGUAUUUUUUCUAAAUUAAUCAAAAAAUCUCUAAUAAUGAAUUACUUAGUCUAUUAAUUAAAAAAAUAAUAUUUGUAUUAGAAAAUUUAUUUACGAUAUUCGUUACGAAAAAUCGCGCCCAAAGUUCUUUUCUAGCGACUGAUUUGGAUUUGUAGACAAUAGAUAUUUUAUAACAUUUUAUACGCUUUUUACAUAAAUAAAUAAAAUGUAAAUGUACUUUUAGAAUCACUAGUAAUUUGAAUUUAUUUUUUAAUAUUGACCAUAUUGACGUUAAUUAGGUCAAUUUCUAAGGAAAUGAAUUGAAGUUCAAAUCUUGAGAUAAUUUACUUAAAGUAAGUGGUUUAUUUAAACACAACAUUCACCAACUUAAUUUUAAUUUAGUUUGACAAUUUCAAAACUAUCUCCAUCUUUGUCUUGCACUAGUCGAAAGUGAAGGAAGACACUGUUCUUAAAGUUGUCAGACUUAAAAAAAGUACCUACGUAUAGACUAAAGAAAAUUAUCCGUCAAAUUCAGAAAUAGACUAUUAUAAACAUAAACAAAUAAGAUCUGCAGAAUUUUUCCUAACUUAACUUAUACUACUCACGUUUUAUAAUGUCAAAUAGUAAUAAGAUUUAUAAUACUGAAUGAUUUUUUGUGCCAAGACGUUCAAAUUGAAAACCGGACCAUUCUGUUACGUACCUUCAUUAUUUUAUUUUUAAGAUAGAAAAAAAACGCACAACAUGAUAUUUCAUUAAGAAUUAAUUCUUUACUUCAAUAUUGUAUAAAACAACUAAUAUUUAAUUAUUUAUACAGGGUUACAUAUUAAUAGGUGAUCAAAGGAGCAAUUCAGAUUCGAUGGUAAACAAUAUUUUUUUAAACAUUUACUUGUCACAUAUACCUACGUUUUGAAUCUUCAAUUUUUACGUAAAUAUAUUUUUUAUCCGCCUAAAAUUAUUGAAGCUACUUACAGCUUGUAUAGCCGAGGAUACUCCGCUCCCCACCAGCGGGCGAGUUACGUUUACCUCGACCCCCCCGGCCUUGUAGUUGUUUGUGAUCAAUUCUGAAUCACUCUUUAAAUUAUGAUUAUCUAUAGAAAUGUAACACUACUUAUAUUGUUUCAUGUUUAAUUGUGGAAUGUUUAAGUCACCUUAAGCUGUAUGUAUUUUGUUUAAUGUGUGGGUGACUGUUAUGUGAAUGAGGAUAAAAAUUGCCUAUCCCGUCAGGUGUCGCUACUGUUGUGUUCUUAAGUUUUGACAGCCCCCGAAACUAUUUGAGUAAACAAACAUUAUUGUUUUGAUUAUAUUUUUACACUACAACCCACUGCGCUGCGUUUAACUGCAAAAUUAUAGUGUUGUAUUUAUUCUCUAAAGAUCGGUCUAGCAAUUUAUCACGAAUUUUAGCUGGACAGUAUGGAGUACUGUCGAAAUUUAGGAACACUCAACAGUGCUGCCGCCUACAUUUGAGCUUCUAGUUUAUAUCCUCAUUGAACUUCCAUAGGAAAAUACGUCUAUCUAACGGCUAUUAUACUAGUUUAAGUUUGUAUGGAAAGAUGUUUGACGGCUUGAAGGUCUUGGUUUGUCACUAGAGGGCGGCAUUUGUGUGAUUUUGACAUAUCAAAGAGAAAAUUAAAUCGAAAAAGUGUGACUCGAACGGGUCUUGCACCCGCAGCUCUUCUCAAGCCGGGACCCCUCCGGACACUGGACGAGCGUGUUAACCAUUAAUUCGAUUUAAUUUUCUUUGUGAGUUUCCCUAAACACAAGUGAGUGCUAUAAAACAAAAUAAUUAGCCAAUGGCCCCGAUUCCUGCAGACACCGUCUAAUUUUAUUUUAAGUUAUAUCCGUCAUUUUCAUAUCCGUCGCAAAGGAAAGGGACGGACGAUGCACAGCUCUUAAUUUUAGGAAGAAUGAGUAAAUGAAUGAAUAACCCGGGCGAAUUAAAAAGGUAUGUCGCUGGUAUGCAAUCCGUUUGACGUGCUGUCUACUUAACUGUGUCGGGUUAUUGACUGAUGUAAAAUUUUUAGACGGUUGUUUUAGAUUUGUGCUUAAAAUUGACGUGUGUUCCAUAAAUUUUAUGCUUGUCGAUCCUUUUCGGCGGAUAAGAAAAUGAUAGAUAUAACUUAAAAUAAAAUUAGAUGGUAAUUACAGGAAUUAGCACCAUUAUAUGUUAACAUAGUAGCAGUAUGUGAUUAAAACAAGCAACACAAUACAUUAAGUACAAGUAAUAGGUUUUGCAAAUUGAGAAAAAUAUUCGUAGGGCGUUAAAGUGUUAUUUCUAUCUAUCCUGGCUGACCGAACUUUUUAGUUCAUUACCCGUACGAAUUAACAAGAGUUCCCUAUAGUAUUCGCCAUAGACGCAAGGUGUCUGUUUAAUUCGCACGGGUUAUAGUUUGAUAGCUCUAAACCAGCGCUGUCUCUCUUUUACUGUAAGCCUAAAUGAAGGACGGGACUACUUUUAUAGCUGUCAAACUACAAUAUAAUUUAAAUCAGUUUGCUGUUAUCGACAAUAGUGCCGAUUCGGGCAACCACCAACUAAAUUUGACAUGACUAAAGUGAAAAGUAGCUCUAUCUCUUUCUUACGCUUAUUGCAAGUGAAGGAUGGCACUAAUUUAGGGCUGUCAAACUAAAAUUAGGUUAACUUUUUGUCCGGCCGAAUAUGCGCCAAUAUUUUUUUAAUUCAAUAGCAUCAGUCCGCCUAGCUACAUUUUUGAGGAUAUUGGUAUUUCAGUACUGCUAUUUUUUUUCAUCCAUUGACCAAUAUGGUGUUGCUAAUGUGACAGUUUGUGCUUCGCAAUUGACUACUUGACAGUAGUAACAAUAAAAUAUGAAAUAUAUCGUAUACGGUAGUUUGUCAAUUAACAAUAAUUAUUCAAUAGUUAUUUUUUUAAGAUUUUUUUACAAAAUAAGAAUGUUAUUUUUAAUCUGUGUAUUACACAACCCGAUUUCUUUUGUGACACGUGAGACGUCACAUGUCACAAAAUAAACAAAAGCUAUCUGUAAAGUUAUACUCUUUGACAGUUUCUUUGUUUAUUGAAAUGUGACGUCAGUGGGUAAUAUGUCACGUGACCGACAGUUUACGCGCGAAAUUUGAAAUUAAUGAAGAAAUAAUUUUUUUUUUUUCAAGAAAAUGAUUUUUUAAGAUGUUUAAAAUGAGCGUUUGUAAUUUUUAAAAUACUUAUCCGAAAACUGUCAAGGGGUCAAUUGCACCUUUGUAUCGUUUUAACGCCGUACGGUGACAUAAGGGCUUACAUGUACGGUCACGAGCACUAAUAUGUAUAUACACUUUGAAACCAUGUCAUAUUAACUUUUUUGACAAAUGAAACCGCAAGUCUCAUUAAAUGUCAAAUAUGAUAGUGCGACAGGGUUCUAAAGUGGGUACAUGAUAUUGCUCAUGACUGUAUGAUGAAUGUUCGAUAAUUAUUUCGACUGAAAGUUAAACAAUGAACCAUUUAUCGGAAAACACAAAGCCUGGCGUAUAAGGUGAGUUGUUGUCAAAGUAUUGUCUAUCUCCCAUAAAAAGAACACAUUUUUUCGACGACUCAUUUUUUUCUAAUUAAAAGUGGAAUUACAAAUGUAGGCACCGCCCUAGGGCCGCCACUUUGUGGCAUAUUUAACCCCAGUUUAGGUCGAUUUUUCUUUGACAAUACGCACCGACUACACGGCACGUGUGAACUAGGCAAUAGUAAUAUUAAUUGUGAAACGAAACAAUAUUAUAUUUGUAAGUAAAUAGUGCCUCUCUUGUUGUUACCAGUUAACAGAGAAUGUGCUUUGGUUGUGGUGGUGUAUCAACCUCAAAGCGAAAUAAGCAUGAUUUUAAAUACAGGACAUCGUACCGAAUAUUGAGGGGGAUGAUUCAGAUUCUCAGUUAAUAUCAAGUGGAUUUUUUCCGUCGCAAAAUUCAUGAAUUGUUUCUUUUUUUAUUAUUUUCAAUUCCAUACUUUUACCAAAUUCCACUUGAUAUCAACUCAGUAUCAUGGUCUAAAUCAUCCCUCGAUGUUUUCGUUACGAUGUCACUAACAACCUGUAUGAUAGUUUAUAUACUUUAUAUCUAAAAAUAAUAUAAUUAAUUUCUAAUAAGGAAAAACCAGAUUUGUAUUUUUUUAUAAGCACAUUCUCUGUUAGCUGGUAGGCAGUAUUGACGAAACUAAUCGUUUACCGAGUAUACGUGCCUUGUGAAAGAUGUUAGAUAGUAUUUUUUGUAAAUAUAUUUAUAGACAAUUUUA